AUGGAUGUGGUGGACGAAAAUGAGGCCCUGCAACAGUUCUUUGAAGGGCAAGAUGUGCAUCGAGCGCUGGAGAAUGCCAUGGUAGACACCCGCAUGUUGGAAGAGUUCAUAGACUCUGACUUUGAGUUAUUUGGAAACCUGCAAAACAAGCUACCAGACUCCCCACCAGAUUCUGGCUCCGAACUAUGUUCACCACCACAUUCCUUCGGGAUUGCUAACAGGUUUCCUGGCUGUUAUUUGGAAGCAUCUUCCAAGAAGAAUAUGAAUGGACAGAUCUGUGGAACACUCCAAGAUGGUUCUCUGAAUACAGCCAAUGGUGGGACUCCCUGGAAUAACUCUGGGUCUUCAAAUAACCUUGGUUUAAGUGGCCUCCCACCAAGAACCCCUCUCAGACCUGGCCUUUCCUGGACAUCUAAAAAGAGGAAGCACUCUGAGAUGCUGGAAGAUCCUCUGGAAUAUCUAACAUGGUCUGGCAGUAUUGGACAAAUGCCCAUUAAAGAUGUUUCUUCUGAUAUGCAAGAAUAUGACAGUGAUGGACAGAAUGUGGGGUGUGCUGAAAAAUGCUGUCAGUCCUUCGCAUGGCAACCGUAUCAAAGAGCUUCCUGGAAUAACCUGUUUAACCAUAAUUAUGAAAAACUCCCAGAUGUAGGAUAUCGCAUUGUUACAGACAAAGGAUUUAAUUUUUCAGCAGCAGACGAUGCCUUUAUUUGUCAAAAGAAAAACCAUUUCCAGAUCACAGUCUAUAUUCGUGUGGUUGGAAAUCCUAAAUUUGUCAAAACCCGUUUGGGUUUGAAACCAGUGGAACUGUACCAUUUGAACGACUAAAGGAUAAAGGUGGACACUCCCAGUCACAUAAUUGUCAUUGAACAAUCUCAGUCUGACCGAAGCAAAAAACCUUUCUCUCCUGUAAAACUCAGUCUCCCAGGAGACCAAGUGACCAAAGUAACCAUGGCAAGAUUGCACUUCAGUGAAACAACAGCAAACAAUAUGAGAAAAAAAGGAAAGCCUAACCCAGAUCAAAGAUACUUCAUGUUGGUGGUUGGAUUAUAUGCUGUCAGUCAGGACCAGUCUUAUAUGGUGGCUGCUCAUGUCUCAGAAAGGAUCAUUGUCAGAGCCUCUAACCCUGGACAGUUUGAGAAUGACAGUGGUGCGCUAUGGCAGAGAGGGCAUGUUCCUGAAGACGUCUUUUGUCACGGACAAGUAGGCAUCAACACUGAUACACCUGAUGAAGCUUUGGUUGUGUGUGGAAACAUGAAAGUUAUGGGAGCGGUCAUGCAUCCCUCUGAUAGUCGAGCCAAACAAAACAUUCAAGAGGUUAAUACAGAUGAGCAGCUAAGAAGAAUAGCACAGAUGAGGCUGGUUGAAUAUAACUACAAACCUGAAUUUGCAUCUAUUAUGGGAAUAAACCAGGUCCACCAAACAGGAGUAAUUGCGCAAGAACUGCAGGAACUUCUACCAAGAGCUGUGAGAGCCGUUGGAGAGGUUAUGUGUGAAAAUGGAGAAAAAGUUAAUGAUUUCCUCAUGGUUGAUAAGGACCAAAUUUUUAUGGAGAACGUGGGUGCUGUUAAGCAACUCUGCAAAUUAACCAACAAUCUUGAAGUGAGGAUAGAAGAGCUGGAAGCAUGGAACAAAAAACAAGCCAGACUGAAACGGAUAAAUAGCUUGAAAUCAACAACAACUAGUGAAAAGACCUCAGUAAGGAAAAAUAGCCAAGCGAAUACUUUUUUACCAUCAGUAAGAUCAAGUUCCAUAAGACCCAGCAAGGUGGGUUUUCCAGUGAAAAAACAGUCAUGGUCCAGCCAUAGGAUUUUCCAAAUAACUAUAAUUGCUUUGGUUGCAUUGAUGGCACUCUGUGUUGUGACGAUAUCCACCCUUUAUGUUCUGAGCCUACCGGAACAGGAUACUGUCCAUUCUGAACACAGCAUUCCGACAAAUCCAAUAACAAUCUCUCCAUCCGCCAUGCUGACAGGGACCACAUACAACAGAGCAUCUUCAAACCUGAAACCAGUUGAUACCAUUCCUGAAGUGGAUUUCUGUGACAUUUUGCCUUGUCCCAGAACCUACUGCUGUCCAAUUAAUCAAAUAAUAACAAAAAAUCUGAGAGAUCCGAAGGUGAAUGUGGAAGAACAGAGAAAUGAAAGCAAAGAUCCAUUGGAACAAAAGUGGAUUGAGAAGCCGGAUCUUGGAAAUGAUUGGAUUGAUACAAGAAUCAGCUCUAUGCAGAUCUUUGAGACACAGCAGAAAAUAGACCAUCGCUACUGUCAAAAAAACCCGCAGUGCAGAUCUGGAAAUUAUAGUUACAUUGUUCCCCUCAACAAAUUCACACCACUCAAGGUGAAAAUCUCACUGGAAAUCAAUACGACAGAGCCGUUAAUGAUCUUUCAAUGCAACGUCAUAUUUGGAAAUUCUUGCUCCUUUCCCCCACUGCUCCUUAAGAAGAAGGAAUCCUUCCCUGAAACCACACAGGGAUUUCAGCACCUUUGGGUCCUUCCAGUUGCUUCGUUGCAUGAGAGUGCAUACCAUUUUCGUGUAGCUGCUCCAGACCUUGCAGACUGUUCAACAGACCCUCACUAUUCUGGGAUAUUUUUCACUGAUUACUAUUUCUACUUCUACCGCAACUGCUUCUGAAAAAGUGGUUCUAGAUUUAUCUCUCCACUGCUCUAGAGAAUGAGUGUCGCCUCAAAUUUUCCUGGUAGAUAUUUACUGAGGUUUGAUCUUUAACACUUCUACAUUGGAAAUAAAUGGAACUGUACAAAAUAAGUGGAACGGUAUAAAGCUUUGCUGUUGUUAAUAGGUAUUCAC